AUGGCGACAGCUAUCGGAUGGCCGUCCGCGGCGGACAGAUGUGCUGCGAUAAGACAGCGGCGCGCCCGCUGCCGCUGCCGCCUCGGCUCGCGCCAACAGCGGCAGCAGAUGUACGUGCCGCGGCUGUACCGGCUGUGCGUGGAGGCGGUGGUGCGGCUGCUGGAGCGCGCUGGAGACUCCUUGGACUGGGACUGGGACGGGCCGGCGGCGGCGGACGCGGCGGGCCACGCCCUGCGCGGCCUCAGUGAGUGGAUGCGCUGCGCCGCGCUGCUGCCGGGACUCUCGCUCGUUCCGUUCGGUGGUGACACACUGCAGCAAAUGGUGGCUGCCUCUGUGGUAGCGUCGUCAUUGAAGGUGGAGUCGUCGUCCUCUGGAGGCUGUGUCGCAUCCCGUUCGGAAGUUGCUCUACGCCUCCGCUUCCGUCGCUUCGGAGAGCGUUGCUUCCUGUCAGUGCGGCAGCUGCUGGUGAGCCAGUGGAAGUCUGGGACGGCGCUGGAGACGCUGCUGCAGUGGACGCCGGCAUCGGUGAGCACGGUGGACCUGGACGGCGAGCUGGCGAUGCGCGGCCGCCGCCCGCUGCUGCUGGACCACCUGCAGGCGCAGGCGCAUGCGGGCCUGCACGUGUGGAGACAGCGCCCUCCGCCGCCAGAGCCGCGACCGCAUGCGGACGGCGCUACGUUGAGCGAGCUGCACCUGGGGGCGGCCAGGGCGACGCUGGAGGACUUGCAGGCGCUACUGCGGGGCCUGCCCGCGCUGCGCCUGCUGCGCCACUACCAGCUGGUGCGCGCCCUUCACGCGCUGCACGCCGAGCAGGCGCGCCGCGGAGACCGCCUGCCACAGUACCGCCUCACCAACCUAGACGUCGACUUCUCCCACGUGACGCGGUGCCGGUGGUCGGCGGAGGCUGUUCUGCCACGGGACGCGCUGCCGCUGGCGGUGCGGCUGUGCCCUGAGGCGGAGAGCGUGCGCGUGCGCUGCGACAGCGACACACCGCACGACGCGCUGGAGGCGCUGGCGCGGCUGCGGCGCGUGCGCCAACUCAGCGUCGCCUGCGUCACCAGCGGCGAGCGCAGCCUGCUCGACUUCCAGGACCUGCUGCCGCUGCUCGACGCGCACGGCCAGCGGCACCUCGUCUCGCUAGAGCUCAAGGUGAUGGAGAAUGUGGACACGCACGAGAUCACGGCUCGCUGCCCGCGUCUGGAGCGGCUGCUCCUGAGCGGUUGCGGCACGGCCUUUCCGCACGCGUGCGCACAGCACGGCUGUCUGACGCGGCCACGUUGGAUGCUGCCGCGCCUGCGCACCCUCUUCUUCGCGGAUGGCGAUGACUUCAGCUGGGACCACGCGCUGCCGCCUUGCUUCUGGGACGCCACUCUCGCCGCGGGCGACGGCGGCGCGCACAGCCGCGUGGAGGGCGUGUUCCUGGAGUCGCCGCGGCUGCCCGCCGAGCGGCUGUCGCGGCUGCUGCGCCGCACCGGCGGCUGGCCGCAGCUGCGCGUGCUGAGCGCGUGCCGCACGCCUGAGCUGCGCCCGCAGCCGCUGCAGGCCGCGUGCCGCGCCGCGCCGCGACUAGCCUACCUGCGCGUGUCCGCGUGCGGCGCCCUGCCGCCCACCACGGACACCGCCGCGCAGCUCCGGCAGCACCUGCCGCCCGGCGCCGCGCUCUGUCUCGACUGA